AUGGGUCGCUCGAGAUCUCGAAGUAAAAGCCCAAGGCGGCAUCACAAAAGUAGUAAACAUUCAAGAAAGAAGAGUCGCUCCAAAGAUCGCUCAUCCUCGCGAAGUAGAAGUUCCAAACAUGUCGAGAAAUCUAGAGAACGAAGUUCUAAAUCACGGAAAAGAUCACAUUCAGUAUCUUCAACAUCCAGCAGUGGCGGGUCUUAUGACGGUAGCAGGAAUAUUAGAAAAAAAUCGAAAGGACGCAGUAAAAUGGAUGAAGUAGAUCGACUAGCAGAAAUGGAAAGACAAAGAAGAGUUAGGGAAGCUGAACAAAAGGUUGUUGAAGAGGAAGCUGCUAAGAGAAUAGAAUUACUUGUGAAGAAGAAAGUUGAAGAAGAACUUGAAAAGCGAAAAGAUGAAAUAGAACAAGAAGUAGCUAAACGAGUAGAAGAAGCUAAGAAAAAGAUGGAGAAAGAGAUGAUGGAAGAACUGGAAAGGCAGAAGGAACAACAACGGCAAGAGGAGCUAGCUAGACAGGAGGAAGAAGCUCGUAAAAGGAAAGAGCUGGAGGAAAUAAUGGCUGAAAAUAAUAGAAAAAUUGAAGAAGCUCAGCGUAAGCUGGCGGAAGAAAGAUUAGCCAUGAUUGAAGAACAACGAAAAAUGGAUGAAGAAAGACAAAAGUUGAAAAAAGAACAAGAGAGAAGAGUUAAAGAAGAACAAAAGAAAAUUUUAGGGAAAAAUAAUUCAAGGCCCAAAUUAUCUUUCUCUUUAAAACCACUU